UAGUAACGUCGACGUGGCCCGCUAGCUAGAUGUAAAUAUUGACUAAUUGGAAAUUUAUCACACAUGUUAUGGAGACAAGUUGCUUCUCUGAUGUCGACAAUGACUCGGCGUCAAUUGUUGGUGAUUCUGAAGGAGAAGAAGAAACAAAUCUUUACCUGGACAGAUUGAUGCUUGCAGAUUUGCUAGACUCGCCCUACUCAUAUCAUUUGUCCACACCACACACCAUCAAUGGCUGCACAGACGGGUUUUCUCCUCAGAUAGCGAUGUUGACUUGUAGACGUUUGGAUGGCUUGGACCAAGUGCGUCUCACACCUGAAAAGCCUUCCUGUUACGCGAAUGCAGCAGAAGCCAAGAUCCAAUCCCCAUUUUUGUCAAGGAGUUCUGGGAAUCCAGAUGACGAGAAGGGAAUGGACGGUGUUAUCGCUCAAGGACAUGAUGGAGAAGACAGUGAGGGGAUGAUAGAAGAGGAUCCCUCUGAGGGGUCAGUGUCAGAGCGUCCCUCACAGCACGUUGGGAGUGGUACCUCUACCAGACGUUUGAAGAGAGCAGCGACGGUAGCUAAGACACAGGGUGGCGGUGGUUGUGACCUCUCACAGAAGGAGAUAGGUGCAGAGCCCAAGAGACAGACCAGGCUGACUGACAGUCAGACACAGGGGAGUACACAGACCAGACCAAUGGAAGAAAUCAUACCAACCAGACAGAAUGACAACCAGGCACAGGAGAACAAACAGGAGAACAGACAGACCAGGCAGACUGACAGCCAGAAGCAGGAGACCAGCGCACCAACCAGACAGACCAGGCAGACUGACAGCCAGAAGCAGGAGACCAGCGGACCAACCAGACAGACCAGGCAGACUGACAGCCAGAAGCUGGAGACCAGCGGACCAACCAGGCAGACUGACAGUCAGAAGCAGGAGACCAGCAGACCAACCAGGCAGAAUGACAGCCAGAAGCAGGAGACCAGCGGACCAACCAGACAGACCAGGCAGACUGACAGCCAGAAGCAGAAGACCAGCGGACCAACCAGACAGACCAGGCAGACUGACAGUCAGAAGCUGGAGACCAGUGGACCAACCAGGCAGACAGACAGUCAGAAGCUGGAGACCAGCGGACCAACCAGGCAGACUGACAGUCAGAAGCUGGAGACCAGCGGACCAACCAGACAGACCAGGCAGACUGACAGUCAGAAGCAGGAGACCAGCGGACCAACCAGGCAGACAGACAGUCAGAAGCAGGAGACCAGCGGACCAACCAGACAGACCAGGCAGACUGACAGUCAGAAGCAGGAGACCAGCGGACCAACCAGGCAGACUGACAGUCAGAAGCAGGAGACCAGCGGACCAACCAGACAGACCAGGCAGACUGACAGUCAGAAGCAGGAGACCAGCGGACCAACCAGACAGACCAGGCAGACUGACAGCCAGAAGCAGGAGACCAGCGGACCAACCAGACAGACCAGGCAGACUGACAGCCAGAAGCAGGAGACCAGCGGACCAACCAGACAGACCAGGCAGACUGACAGCCAGAAGCAGGAAAAUGGAGGUGUGAACCACGGUCAAUCCCAUAGCAGGCGGUGCAUCACCCGUCUGAAUGCCCUCCACCGGAGGAACCGUUAUGGGGAGACUCUACUCCACAUUGCAGCCAUGCAAGGAGACACCCAGUGGAUCAGAGGCAUGCUGUCGCUGGGCCCCGACAUCAACAUGGCCGACAACGCAGGUUGGACUCCUCUUCACGAGGCAGUGUCCCACGGUCAAUAUGAGAUCAGUAAGCACCUGAUCCAGGCAGGAGCUCUGGUCAACUGUACUGGAGAAAAUGGAACCACACCUCUACUUGAUGCUGUAGUGCAGGGACACCUGCAGAUAGCAGAGUUGCUGUUGAAGCACGGGGCAGACCCUCUACUGAAGAACAAUGAUGGACAGACAGCCUAUAGCAACACCACAGAACCCUCUCUGAUUAAACUCUUGGAGAAAAACAUCCCCAAGAACAAGAGAAAGGCACUAGCAGGAAGAAGCGUUGAGAGGUCAGGAGCAGGAGAACCCAUACCGUUGAGGUCCGUGUCCGAGGGCACUGUGUCCAGGAACAUCCCUGGGGGGUCCCAGAGCGGGCGGACCGUCACCCCUCUGAAUAUCCUCCACCGGAAGAACUGUUACGGGGAGACUCUACUCCACAUUGCAGCCAUUCAGGGAGACACCCAGGGGGUCAGAGACAUGCUGUCACAGGGGCUUGACGUCAACAUGCCCGAUAAUGCAGGUUGGACUCCUCUUCACGAGGCAGUGUCCCACGGUCACUAUGAGAUCAGUAAGCACCUGAUCCAGGCAGGAGCUCUGGUCAACUGUACUGGAGAAAAUGGAACCACACCUCUACUUGAUGCUGUAGUGCAGGGACACCUGCAGAUAGCAGAGUUGCUGUUGAAGCACGGGGCAGACCCUCUACUGAAGACCAACAACGGACAAACAGCCUAUAGCAACACCUCAGAACCCUCUCUGAUCAAACUCUUGGAGAAAAACAUCCCCAAGAACAAGAGAAAGGCACUAGCAGCACCAACAAAACGACCUGCAGACUCGUCCCAACUCAGCCCGUCCCAAAGUGGAACAGGGAGAAAGCUCAGGAGGUUACCAGUUCAGGCAGAUCAGACCAGCACUGACCAGGAAAGAUACCAGCAGAGACGCACAACAACCAGGUCUGAAAACAGCAACAUUGACCAGCAGAGACGUACAACAACCAGGUCUGAAACCAGCAACACUGACCAGCAGAGACUCACAACAACCAGGUCUGAAACCAGCAACACUGACCAGCAGAGACGCACAACAACCAAGUCUGAAACCAGCAACACUGACCAGCAGAGACGCACAACAACCAGGUCUGAUACCAGCAACACUGACCAGCAGAGACGCACAACAACCAGGUCUGAUACCAGCAACACUGACCAGCAGAGAGACACACCAACUAGGUCUGAAACCAGCAACACUGACCAGCAGAGACGCACAACAACCAGGUCUGAAACCAGCAACACUGACCAGCAGAGAGACACAACAACCAGGUCUGAAACCAGCAACACUGACCAGCAGAGAUGCACAACAACCAGGUCUGAAACCAGCAACACUGACCAGCAGAGAGACACACCAACUAGGUCUGAAACCAGCAACACUGACCAGCAGAGAGACACAACAACCAGGUCUGAAGCCAGCAACACUGACCAGCAGAGACGGACAACAACCAGGUCUGAAACCAGCAACACUGACCAGCAGAGACGGACAACAACCAGGUCUGAAGCCAGCAACACUGACCAGCAGAGACGGACAACAACCAGGUCUGAAACCAGCAACACUGACCAGCAGAGACGCACAACAACCAGGUCUGAUACCAGCAACACUGACCAGCAGAGAGACACACCAACUAGGUCUGAAACCAGCAACACUGACCAGCAGAGAGACACAACAACCAGGUCUGAAGCCAGCAACACUGACCAGCAGAGACGCACAACAACCAGGUCUGAAACCAGCAACACUGACCAGCAGAGACGGACAACAACCAGGUCUGAAACCAGCAACACUGACCAGCAGAGACGCCCACCAACCAGGUCUGAAACCUGCAACACCGAACAGCAGAGAGACACAACAACCAGGUCUGAUACCAGCAACACUGACCAGCAGAGACGGACAACAACCAGGUCUGAAACCAGCAACACUGACCAGCAGAGACGCACAACAACCAGGUCUGAAACCAGCAACACUGACCAGCAGAGAGACACAACAACCAGGUCUGAAACCAGCAACACUGACCAGCAGAGAUGCACAACAACCAGGUCUGAAACCAGCAACACUGACCAGCAGAGAGACACACCAACUAGGUCUGAAACCAGCAACACUGACCAGCAGAGAGACACAACAACCAGGUCUGAAGCCAGCAACACUGACCAGCAGAGACGGACAACAACCAGGUCUGAAACCAGCAACACUGACCAGCAGAGACAGACAACAACCAGGUCUGAAACCAGCAACACUGACCAGCAGAGACGGACAACAACCAGGUCUGAAACCAGCAACACUGACCAGCAGAGACGCCCACCAACCAGGUCUGAAACCAGCAACACUGACCAGCAGAGACGGACAACAACCAGGUCUGAAACCAGCAACACUGACCAGCAGAGAGACACAACAACCUCUACUAAAGUUGCAGGGGUCCUGGGAGAGAAGGAGGAGCCUCAUGGCGAUGGCUCUACUUGUCCAAACCGUCCACUACCUUCUGUCCAGGAUGGGACGCGGUCUACGGCACCAGCUAUGAAGAGGAACCUGGAGGACCAGGCAGGGGAAGAAGACUCAAGGCCUAAUCAUGCCACACCUAGAAAAGUCAUUAAACGCAUCACCACCAAACGGAAGGAUAUCUUUGAUUUGCUUCUGCAGAGCAACCCGUUCGACCUGGACAGUGUUCUAUUGGCGGCCCAGACAGGAAAUGGUCAGGCGACAACAGGAAGUCUUCAUGACUCUGUUGAUUCGGUUGUGUUGAGAAGUCGAAGUGCAGGUUUCCUGCUGGAGACAGCAGAUUUCAAAGGAAAAGAGGAAGGAAAGAAAUGGAACACAGAAAAGCAGGAAAUUACAAAAUCCUCAGAGGAGCUAACUCUAACUAAAGAUGGGAAUCUCUCCCAGCAUACUGACCACUGCCAGAGAGAGGAGCUAACUCUAACUAAAGAUGGGAAUCUCUCCCAGCAUACUGACCACUGCCAGAGAGAGGAGCUAACUCUAACUAAAGAUGGGAAUCUCUCCCAGCAUAAUGACCACUGCCAGAGAGAGGAGCUAACUCUAACUAAAGAUGGGAAUCUCUCCCAGCAUACUGACCACUGCCAGAGAGAGGAGCUAACUCUAACUAAAGAUGGGAAUCUCUCCCAGCAUACUGACCACUGCCAGAGAGAGGAGCUAACUCUAACUAAAGAUGGGAAUCUCUCCCAGCAUACUGACCACUGCCAGAGAGAGGAGCUAACUCUAACUAAAGAUGGGAAUCUCUCCCAGCAUACUGACCACUGCCAGAGAGAGGAGCUAACUCUAACUAAAGAUGGGAAUCUCUCCCAGCAUACUGACCACUGCCAGAGAGAGGAGCUAACUCUAAUUAAAGAUGGGAAUCUCUCCCAGCAUACUGACCACUGCCAGAGAGAGGAGAUUACUCUAGAUAGGAAUCUCUCCCAGCAUACUGACCACUGCCAGAGCCAGAGAGAGGAGAUCACUCUAGAUAUGAAUCUCUCUCAGCAUACCGACCACUGCCAGAGAGAGGAGAUUACUCUAGAUAGGAAUCUCUCCCAGCAUACUGACCACUGCCAGAGCCAGAGAGAGGAGAUCACUCUAGAUAGGAAUCUCUACCAGCAUACUGACCACUGCCAGAGAGAGGAGAUUACUCUAGAUAUGAAUCUCUCCCAGCAUACCGACCACUGCCAGAGAGAGGAGAUUACUCUAGAUAGGAAUCUCUCCCAGCAUACCGACCACUGCCAGAGAGAGGAGAUCACUCUCGAUAGGAAUCUCUCUCAGCAUACUGACCACUGCCAGAGCCAGAGAGAGGAGAUAACUCUAACUCAAGAGGGGCAUCUUUCCCAGCAUACUGACCACACAGACGAAGCAGGGUUCAAUCUAGGUGAAUAUUUCAAUUUUAACCCAACAACGAGUGCUGACAGAUACAAACACAAUAACACUAUCUGGGCAGAGGAAACCAGUCAAAACCCUGACCAGAAUACAUGUCCUGAAGCCAUAGUGCCGCUAGCUGGAUUGGAUGCCACAAGAAACAGCAUCUCCACCGAUAAGUCAAAGGUCACCCUCACCCACCGACCUGCUAGGCCAGAGAUUGACCCCAUGGACAAGACCAGAUCUGCGGUAGAGGUUGACCUGAGCCAAAUGGACCAGGAUGACACCUGCUGUACCCUUAUAGACAACUUCUCACUUGUUGAACACCUGUCCCUGUCCAAAGCACCUGUCCCUUUGGAAACCACUGAAGUUGUGAAUGCCUGUGUGGCUGGGACAUCAUCUCCAUAUAUUGAUGAUCGGUGUAAGCUAGACAAUGGUCUCCUGUCCAAGGAAGACUUGGAGGAGCAGUGUAGCGUGUCUCUUCCGCCUCAUUCAGACGCUACAACAACAACACACCUGGAUGUCACAAGUCAAGCUUCCAUUGUUGACGAGAAGCAGACACAACCAGUAGAGGCCCCAUCAGCGAUGGAGGAUGAUAAUGAUGAAUAUCUUGGCUCUUGCAACACUAGCUCACCAUCCCUCCUAGUGGCUGAAGAGCUCCACGGCCCUGUGGGGAUAUCAGAAUGUACAGAGACCAAUAUCGAUACACUGUUUAUGCAGAGAGCAAGUCAAAUCCCCAAAGCUUCUUCCAUUGGAUCAGAUGUUGGUUUAAAAGCCAACCUGCUCAAAUGCACUGGUCUCGAUCUCCAGCUGAUUGGAGACAGACUGGACAGAGAGACCACGGCUGCUGUGACUGACAGAGAUGGUGAGAGAUGUCAUAUUGAUGGUGGACAACGUGAGGGAGGCUCUGUAAUACACAGAGUGUCUAGAGACCCGGAUGCUUCUACUGACAAGACUUUGUCUUCCGACAAUAAAGACAAUAGUGCUGACUCUGACAUCACCGUGGUCUCUGAGCUGGACCAAGCAGAGACAAAGAACAAUGAUGUGGGACAAGUUGAAAAGGAGGAGGUGGCAAAAGCUCAUGUUCAACUUGAUUCAGAAGCAACAAUUGGUUCCGUCCAAGAUCAGGUGAGAGGAGUAGAAAACCAAACCCCCGGGACUGAAGUUGAGACUUUAGAUACAUUAAUAGAUUACUCUGAGGCGUGUGAGAUGAAUGGUAAUGGAUAUACCACUACUGUAAUGGAAGACUCCACUAGCCUGUUACCCGCUUUAGAUGACUGCCAAGCUAAAGACGGUGUGAAGGAAGAUGAACCAGAGAUGAACACUAUGCAAAGUGAUACGGGCAGCGCCAAACACCACAACAGCUGUAGUCAACACGAGAGGAAAGCCAAGAGCAGUAGAGCCAGACCUGGCAAGAGGCAGGCCAAGCUGUUGUUGAAGCCAAAGCCAAACCCUUGGGCAUCGCAAAUCACAAGUACUAGUUACACAACAGGUGGUGCUGAUACCUCCUCUAGUUCAGUAGGUCCCAUGCCUGGCACAAAGAUUCCCUUGAGGAAUCUACACAAGAGAAACAGUAUGGGAGAGAGCCACCUUCACCUGGCAUGCAAGAAAGGAGACCUGGCUCUAGUGAGAGGCCUUCUGGAAGCAGGCCUAAAUGUUAAUCAGAUAGAUCACGCAGGCUGGACGGCGCUGCAUGAGGCCAGUGCUGCAGGUUCCGAAGCUGUGGUCAAGGAGCUACUGCAGGCUGGGGCUGAUGUUACCAGUAGAGGUCUGGAGGGCCUCACUCCUCUACAUGAUGCUGCUGCCUCAGGACACUGCAAAGUAGUGCAGCUCCUUCUUCAGUAUGGCGCAAGCCCGCAAGACAAAAACGCUCUGGGCCAGACCGCCGUGGACCUAGCCUGCCACGACGACAUCAAACAACUCCUCUCCACAUCCCCAGGACCUUUUGUCCAACGAAGUUCCGCGCCCUCUGAGAGGCCCUCUGAGAGGCCCUCUGAGCGUUGUGGUGUCUCUAGGUCUGGGUCUGAGGGUCGCAGAAGAAGGAAGCCAGCUGGCCCAGCACGUCUUUGCUGUGAAGGCGACUGGGAAAGGCACAAAGCCAGACACACAGGUGUCAGGGAUACAGACAGAGACGGAGAACGAGACAGGCAGCCUGGUGACAUUCAGCCCAGACAGAAAGACAGCACCACUGAGACACUGCAUCCCUCUGAAGCUAUCACUACGGCUCUGGAGGAUGUGGAGCGAAAGCAAGAGGAAAUGUCAACCUGGAAAUUAAAUCAUUCAGAGGAUGCAAGAAUAGCAGCAGAAGACAAAUUGACGAUGGCGCUAUCAGAGAUCCAGAGUGUUCUGAAUGUUGUGCUGGAGAAACAGCAAGCAGAGAAAGAUGACCUCACCAAGAAGUACAGGAUAGCGUCAGACUCGUUCCGGCAGGGAGUGCUGCGUAGUCAGCUGACUUCGUUGGCGUCGCGUCAGAAAAGGCUGCUGGGUAUCCUCCAGAAGCAAAGCGACCUCAAGCUCCAGCUCCGCACCUGGAAGGGCCCGACCCUGACUCAGCACUCCCAGACAGGGAGAGAUCAGAACAUCUCCCACUCAUCAACCACCACUUCCAGCCCUGCUCCCUCAGAAAGGAGCCUCGCAGGCAACCAGGAGGGGAGCCACGCUUCCCCCUUGUUCAGCUCUACUGGUAGUCACGACAACCGAGACAAACAAGAAGGUAGUAGCCAGACAUCUCAGGUAGCGUCGCCUCGAACACAUCCAACACAACACCGGGAUGACAACAACAAAAACAACACUACCUUUCCAUCACAACAAGGAAACAGAAACAGCAAACCACAACAUGGAAACACCCUUGACAUGGGAAGCAAUGUGUUACAACAAUGGACGGCCAGUGAUGGAGAAGAGAACAGGAAGUUGAUCGGGCUCAUCAAGAGAGGGGUCAUCACACCAGGAGAGGAUGUACUACAGCUGAUGUGGAGGGGCUGUGUCCACCAGGCGUCUCUGCUCCUAGAAGGCUGGAUCAGAGACAGCGUCACGGGCAGAGAGUUCCAGGCCCCAGAGCUCUGGGUAGCAGCUCUCCUGGGAAACAACAUCCCUGUUUCCUCAGCCUACGCCUGGGACAAGGUGACGUACGGAGACAGGUCUCUGUCUGGUUACUUACUGGGCGUAGUGGACGUGACAGCCCCAGCAGCACAGAACCCUGCUGAAUCCACACACCAUAAUGGCUCCUCUGCUCAGCCUCAGGAUGUCCCCUCUGCAGGGGCACCUCUCUCAGAGUCAUCGGCAGUACUCAGAAAUAUAAUGCAAAUCAAGUCGAUCAGAUUAAUUGGUGAUGAGGAGUUUGUGCCCCAUCAUAUAAUGGACCGCUACUGGGACAGUCUUACACAGACACACACUGACGACUGGCUGUUUUAAACUCUUUAUUCCCCAUCGAGACACUGAGGACUCAUAUUAAUGUGUGAUUCACUGUUAUCAAUGUUAUUAUUCAAGAUGUACAAGUGGGUGCUUUUAGAAUGAACUCUUUAUCCCACAAAGAGAACUGAACACUCUAGGGCAACUGAUGUUAUAAUUAAGCAAUAAGGCACGAGGGGGUGUGUUAUAUGGCCAAUAUGCCGAGGCUCAGGGCUGGUCUUAGGCACGAUGCAAUGAAGAGUGCCUGGACACACCCCCUAGCCAUGGUAUAUUGGCCAAAUACCACAAACCCCCGAGGUGCCUUAUUGCCAUUAUAAACUGGUUACCAAUGUAAUUAGAGCAGUUAAAAGUAAAUGUUUUGUCAUACCCGUGGUAUACAGUCUGAUAUACCACGGCUGUCAGCCAAUCAGCAUUCAGGACUUCGAACUACCCAGUUUAUAAUAACCCUUAAGUUAUAAUGUAAUUUUUUUUAAAUGACUGUUAUUUGAACACUUAUCAAUGUUAUGAUUUAUUGAUAUUCAAGCCUAUCAAAGUGGUUCUAUGACGUCACCUUUAUAUGUUAAUUUGUUCUUCCCACGGUUGUGUUUUUCUCCCAAGUGUUGUUGUUGUGAAGCCUAAUUGGUUAUUGUGAAGCCUAAUUGGUUAUUGUGAAUCCUAAUUGGUUAUUGUGAAGCCUAAUUGGUUAUUGUGAAGACUAAUUGGUUAUUGUGAAGCUUAAUUGGUUAUUGUGAAGCCUAAUUGGUUAUUGUUUUUGUGUAAAGUAAUUCCAUUAUUAUUGGACUUUAUCUAGACUCCCACAAUUACAGCAAGUUUUUAUUUUCUUAAGUAAACCAUAAUUGGAUAUUAUGUUAUUGUUUAUUGACAGUAAUAAAUAAAUAAAUAAAUAUAUAUCUAUAAAGUGUUUAAUAAAGAAAAUUAAGUAAUUGUU